CGGGGCUCGCCGUUUGACAGAUGCUCAUCGCCAUGGAGUUGCCGCAGCAGCACCUUUGGGGGCUCGGCCGAAUGACCGGAGCCGGGAUCUGAGCUAGCGCCGGGGCCAGCGGAGCCGGAGCCGCCGGGACAUGGUUGCAGAUCUGACCAAUUCUGAGCACCUCACCGUGUCUCCAUUUUUGGGACUGUGAACCCAGCAGCUGGACCACUUUGUUCUUGGAAUUUGGGGCAUCCUAACUUCUCACCUUCUCCUUGCCCCUUUGCUCCUUUGCCCUCCUGAGUACGCCUGAAGACUGUAGGAUGACCAUGGAGUCCAGGGAAAUCUUAAGCAGCUCCCGGCAAAGGGGGGGCGAGUCGGACUUCCUGCCAGUGUCCUCAGCCAAGCCCCCAGCUGCCACCGGCUGUGCAGGAGAACCUUUGCUCUCUGCUCCAGGACCUGGGAAGGGGAUACCGGUGGGUGGAGAACGCAUGGAGCCAGAGGAGGAGGAUGAACUGGGCUCAGGGCGCGAUGUGGAUUCUAACUCCAAUGCAGACAGUGAGAAAUGGGUGGCAGGAGAUGGCCUGGAAGAGCAGGAGUUUUCUAUCAAGGAGGCGAACUUCAGUGAGGGGAGUCUGAAGCUGAAGAUUCAGACCACAAAGCGGGCCAAGAAACCCCCAAAGAACCUGGAGAACUAUAUAUGCCCACCUGAGAUCAAGAUCACCAUCAAGCAGUCUGGAGACCAAAAGCUGUCUCGGGCUGGGAAAAAUAGCAAAGCUACAAAGGAGGAGGAAAGAAGCCACUCCAAAAAGAAGCUUCUUGCAGCCAGUGACCUCGCAGCCAGUGACCUCAAAGGAUUUCAGCCACAGGCUUAUGAGCGGCCACAAAAACACUCAACGCUCCACUAUGAUCCAGGCCUCCAACAGGACUUCACCGGUGACACCUUAAAACCAAAGCACCAGCAAAAAAGCAGCAGCCAGAACCACAUGGACUGGUCCACCAACUCUGACAGUGGCUCCACCAGUCAGAAUUGCUUCAUCAGUUCAGACUCUGGCAGAGACACUGUAAGCACCAGCAAGAUCCCAGCUCUUGAGCCCGUGGCUUCCUUUGCUAAGUCCCAGGGGAAGAAAGGCAAUGCGGGGGGCACAUGGAGUCAGUUGUCCAAUAGUAGCAAAGAUCUGCUUUUAGGAGGUGUAGUUUCAUCCCCAAGUAACCACAGCUCCCCAGCCCCAUCCAGCAGCUCUGCCGAGUGCAGUGGACUUCAGCCCUUGGUGGAUCAAGAUGGAGGCAGUACCAAGGAACCCCCAGAACCACCUACUAUCAGCAGCAAGAAAAAGUCCAGUAAGAAAGAUGUGAUUAGUCAGACCAUACCAACUGCAGACCUAGAUUGGGUCAAGAAUGCCCAGAAAGCCUUUGACAACACAGAAGGGAAAAGGGAAGGCUAUCCUACAGAUAACGCCCAAGAGGCAUCACCAGCUAGGCAGAGCGUGAGUUCUGUAAGUAAUCCUGAAAAUGACUCCAGUCAUGUCCGGAUUACUAUUCCCAUCAAGGCACCCUCUUUAGAUCCAACGAGCCAUAAGAGGAAAAAGAGGCAGUCCCUCAAAGCCGUGGUGGAAAAGAUCAUCCCGGAGAAAGCCCUGGCUUCUGGAAUUCCUUUGAGCAGUGAAGUAGUUAACAGGAUACUUUCCAAUCCUGAGGGAAAUAAGAAAGAUCCUCGUGUCCCCAAACUGAGUAAAAUGAUAGAGAAUGAGUCUCCCUCCAUUGGCCUUGAAACUGGUGGAAAUUCCGAGAAAGUUGUCUCAGGAGGUGUGCCUAAGCAGAGGAAGCCACCCUUGGUCCUGACACCUCCAACAUGCGCAGAUCAUUCGCCCUCAAGAAAGCUGCCAGAAAUCCAGCAUCCAAAAUUUGCUGCCAAACGGAGGUGGACAUGCAGCAAACCGAAACCCAGCAGUCUGCUUCGGGAGGCAGUCAUGGCCACCUCGGACAAGCUGAUGGUGGAACCCCCGUCUGCCUAUCCCAUCACCCCAUCCAGCCCUCUGUAUACCAACACAGACAGUCUUACUGUGAUCACGCCAGUCAAAAAGAAACGGGGACGACCAAAGAAGCAGCCUUUGCUUACAGUUGAGACAAUUCAUGAGGGUACUUCCACCAGCCCAGUCAGUCCAAUCAGCCGGGAGUUUCCUGGCACCAAGAAAAGGAAGAGACGACGCAAUUUAGCGAAGUUGGCCCAACUAGUGCCAGGAGAGGACAAACCCAUGAGUGAGAUGAAAUUUCACAAAAAGGUUGGAAAGCUUGGUGUGUUGGAUAAGAAGACGAUCAAAACUAUCAAUAAGAUGAAGACACUCAAGAGGAAAAACAUCUUGAACCAGAUCUUGUCUUGCUCCAGCAACAUUGCUCUGAAGGCAAAAGCACCCCCUGAGACCAGCCCUGGGGCGGCAGGAAUUGAGAGCAAACUGGGAAAGCAGAUUAAUGUCAGCAAGAGGGGAACCAUCUACAUCGGCAAGAAGAGAGGCAGGAAGCCGAGAGCAGAGCUGCCGCCCCCAUCGGAAGAACCCAAAACAGCCAUCAAGCACCCAAGGCCUAUUUCUAGCCAGCCGGAUGUUUCAGCCGUGCCUUCCAACUUUCAGUCACUCGUGGCAUCUUCACCAGCAGCUAUACACCCACUUUCAACCCAGUUAGGUGGGUCAACUGGCAACUUGAGCCCCGCCAGCACUGAAACCAAUUUUUCCGAGGUGAAAACUAUGCCAAAUCUCCAGCCUAUCAGUGCUCUUCCAACCAAAACCCAAAAGGGAAUACAUAGUGGAACCUGGAAGCUGUCUCCACCCAGACUGAUGGCCAACUCACCUUCACACCUUUGUGAGAUCGGGUCCCUCAAGGAAAUCACACUGUCCCCUGUGAGCGAGUCACACAGUGAAGAGACGAUCCCAAGUGACAGUGGCAUUGGGACAGACAACAACAGCACAUCUGACCAAGCGGAGAAGAGUUCCGAAUCCCGGCGGAGGUACUCUUUUGAUUUCUGCUCCCUGGACAACCCGGAGGCCAUUCCGUCCGACACCAGCACAAAGAACCGGCAUGGCCACCGGCAGAAGCAUCUCAUUGUGGACAACUUUCUGGCCCACGAAAGCCUCAAGAAGCCAAAGCACAAGAGGAAACGGAAAAGCCUGCAAAAUCGCGAUGAUCUCCAGUUUCUGGCUGACCUGGAAGAGCUCAUCACCAAGUUCCAGGUGUUCAGGAUCUCCCACCGGAGCUACACCUUUUACCACGAGAAUCCAUAUCCCAGCAUUUUUCGGAUUAACUUUGAUCACUAUUACCCGGUGCCAUAUAUCCAGUAUGACCCGUUGCUCUAUCUUCGUAGGACUUCAGAUUUGAAGUCCAAGAAGAAGCGUGGUAGGCCUGCAAAAACCAAUGACACCAUGACAAAGGUGCCUUUUUUACAAGGGUUCAGCUACCCUAUUCCCAGUGGAAGUUACUAUGCACCCUAUGGAAUGCCUUACACAUCAAUGCCUAUGAUGAACCUUGGUUACUACGGUCAGUACCCAGCUCCUCUGUACCUGUCGCACACGCUGGGAGCGGCCUCCCCAUUUAUGAGGCCAACAGUGCCACCACCUCAGUUCCACACCGGUUCCCACAUGAAGAUGUCUGGGACAGCUAAGCAUAAAGCUAAGCAUGGAGUACACCUGCAGGGACCUGUUGGCAUGGGCCUCGGUGACAUGCAGACCUCCCUGAAUCCUCCCAAGGUGGGCAGUGCCAGUCUGUCAAGCGGCCGGCUUCAUAAGAGGAAACACAAACACAAGCAUAAGCACAAGGAAGACCGCAUCCUGGGGGCCCAUGACAACCUGAGUGGUCUCUUUGCAGGCAAAGCCACAGGCUUCUCCAGCCACAUUCUGAGUGAGCGGCUGAGUAGCGCAGACGCAGAGCUCCCGCUGGUGAGCGAGAAGAGCAAGCAUAAAGAGAAGCAGAAACACCAGCACAGUGAAGCCGGCCACAGAGCUUCUAAAAACAACUUUGAGGUGGACACCCUGUCUACACUGUCUCUCUCGGAUGCCCAGCAUUGGACGCAGGCCAAGGACAAAAGUGAUUUGAGUAGUGAGCCUGCAGACUCGUGCACAAAGCGGUACUCUAUCAGCAGCGGGGAUGGCGGCAGCACAAGAUCCGAGAGCCUGGAUGUCUUCAGUGAAAUGACCCCUUCCAGUGACAAGUGGGACAGUGAGAUGAGUGGGAGUAAACGGAGGAGCUUUGAAGGUUUUGGGACAUACAGGGAAAAGGACCUUCAGGCCUUCAAGAUGAACCGCAAGGAGAGAAGUUCAUACGAACCCUCCAUGUCUCCAGGAAUGCCAAGUCCCCACUUAAAAGUGGACCAGACCGCAGUGCAUAAUAAGAACGAGGGCUCAAUGUCCACCAUGAUGACCAGGAAGAAGCCAGCCACAGUUGACAGUGUUGUGAUUCCACCAAACCCAGUGUUAUCUCUCUUGGCCGCAUCUGCAGCAACUUCAGACGCAGCCAGCUCCUCCCUGAAGAAACGAUUCAAGCGACGGGAGAUCGAAGCCAUCCAGUGCGAGGUGAGGAAGAUGUGCAACUACACCAAGAUUCUGUCCACCAAGAAGAACCUGGACCACGUGAACAAGAUCCUGAAGGCCAAGCGGCUGCAGAGACAAUCAAAGACAGGCAACAACUUCGUCAAGAAGAGGAGAGGGCGUCCCCGGAAGCAGCCCAGUCAGUUCGAUGAGGACUCCAGAGACCAAAUGCCGGUGCUGGAAAAAUGCAUCGACCUCCCCAGCAAAAGGGGUCAGAAGCCCACUCUGAGCCCGCUGGUGUUGGAGCCAGCCGCUAGCCAAGACACCAUCAUGGCCACCAUCGAAGCGGUCAUCCACAUGGCCCGAGAGGCCCCACCACUGCCCCCUCCGCUGCCUCCACCACUCCCGCCUCCUGUGCAGACCCCACAACAGCUGCCCCCAUCACAGCCCCUUCCCCAAGAAGAGGAGGUGAAGGCCAAAAGGCCGAGGAAAUCCCGAGGGAGCGAGAGUGAUGUCCUUCCCUAG